GAACAUUCCAGAAAUACACCAUAAACAUCGGCUGGAGGGACGCAGAGCAGCAGAAGUCUCCGAGCAGAGGAUUGUCAACAGAGGAGUCACGGUCAGCAAGAGUGUUAACAGCUCCUUCUACUGAUGAAAAUAUUUCAACGAGUCUCUUCAGUCCUUAGCACGUUUAACAAGGAGGGAGUCUCCUCUCUGAUAGGGUCUGUCUGCACCUACAACCAGAAGAUAGAACAAUCAAAUCCCAGAGGCUGCUGUUGAGCUCUUCAGAAAGGCUACUACAGUCAAUCGAACAACUGACCCCACGCAGUCGCUGUCCCGUUCGGUGCUGGGGCCAACAUGGCGGCCUCCAGUGUGACCAUGUCCAGUUCGAGAGCCCCGACCCUCGGCUUUGAGGACUACAGCCUUUACAGCGGCCUGUCGGAGGACGAGCUGAUCGCGAUGGCCAUCGAGCACAGCCUGGCCGAAGCCCACGCAUCCGGCGCUCAGUCCGCGGCCGCGAAGGCGCCCGCCCUGCAGGUCCGUCAGAAUCCGGCCGCCCAGAACCCGGGGCGUCAGAAUCCGGUCCGUCAGAAUUUGUUCGCCCGGCGCACGUUCCCUCCACGCGAGCAGAACGUGCCCCCACCGGCCAACCCGCCCAGUGAGAAGGCGUAUGAUAAAAUGGGUACCAUCGAGGCCCACUUCGUCACUGGCAGUGGGAAGCGCAUGGUCCGGUGGCGAAAAUAUGAUGGAAGUCUACACGUUUCACCAGAACCUGUGGAAGAAAUAAACCCUUUGUGCCGCGCCGUCUGGGAGGGCAAUGUGAAGGUGGUGAGAGAACUGGUGAAGAAGUCCCCAAAAAGUAUAACCGAGCCCUACAGAGAAGGGUGGAUAGCCUUGCAUGAAGCAGCGUACUACGGCCAAGAGGAGUGCCUCCAGAUCCUGCUGAGGGCCCGCCCAGAGAUGAUAAACAUACGCAGUGACAAAAACCACACUCCCCUAUUCCUGGCUGUGAGCCGCAGCCAAGUGGCCUGUGUUCAGUUCCUGCUGGAAAAUGGAGGGGACCCUAACAUACCCAGCUCUGCCAAAGAAACUCCCCUCCUUAAAGCUUGUGAGCGAGAGAACGCGGCAAUUGUGGCAGCGCUCCUUAACCAUGGAGCCCAGGCGAAUAAGAUCUGCGUCCAGGGCUGGACAGCCCUGCACGAGGCCGUGUGCCGCAACAACGUGGAGAUCUGCGAGAUGCUGGUGAGAGCUGGCGCCAAGAUCAACGCCCGCAACAUGUACGGCAUUAGCCCGCUCUUCUCGGCGGCCCAAAGUGGACAAGUGGACACCCUGCGCUUCUUAAUCAAAAACGAUGCGGAUAUAAACAGCCAGGCCAAUGACGGGGCUACAGCUCUGUACGAGGCCAGUAAGAAUGGCCAUGAAGAGAUUGUGGAGCUCCUUCUGUCUCAGAACGCCGACGCCAACAGAGCAGCUAAAUCUGGGUUCCUGCCCCUGCACAUCGCAGCCCAGCGUGGAAAUGAGGGAAAAAGGCUCCUCUACAAAAUGACCGACCCCUACAAUUAUGAGAGUUCAGUUAAAAUUGUGUCCCUGCUCAUCCCCGUCACCAGCAAAGCCCGCGUACGCCGCAGUGGCAUCAGCCCCCUCCACCUGGCCGCUGAACGCAAUAAGAACGACGUCCUGGAGGUCCUGAUCGAUGCCGGCUAUGAUGUCAACGCCACGCUGUCACUUGACCACUCCAAGAUGUAUGAAGACCGCCGGAGCACGAGCCUCUACUUUGCGGUCUUGAACAACAACAUCGACGCCACCACCAUGCUCCUGGACGCAGGCGCUAACCCCAACCUGGACACCUUCAGCCCGCUGCUCGUGGCGCUGAGGCAGGGCUGCAUCCAGACCGUCACCCUCCUGGUGGACCAUGGCGCCAAUGUCAACGCCAGUGUCUCCACCCACCCCACUUCUUUCCCUGGCACCGUCAUGUUCUGCAUGAAGUACCUCUCCCUGCUCAAGUACCUGAUGGACAAUGGUUGUGAUGCCCUGUCCUGCUUUCAGUGUUAUUAUGGCAGCAACCCCCACCCACCCAUCAAGACAACACGCAGGAGGGACAGCCUGGAUGACAGAAGUGAAGAGGCUCCCAAAAUACCUGUCCAGUUCUGCGAGAUGAUUUCAGCAGAGCGGAACUCUCGCUGGGCGGGACCUAUUAUUGACGUACUGCUUGACUACGUUGGGAAUGUGCAGCUCUGUGCCAGACUCAUCGAACAUCUGGACAGCUACGAGGACUGGGCAGGCAUCAAGGAGAAAUCCGUGCCACCCCGUCCGCUAAUGCAGCUGUGCAGAAUUAGGAUCUGCAGUCUGGUGGGAAGAACGAGACUGAGGCGUCUGAACACUCUGCCGCUCCCAGGACGACUAAUCAAGUACCUGAAACACGAAGAGCGAAUACGAGAAGUUGACCUUUGACCUGUGGCUUGUCUGUUUAAUUGUCUGGGCUCAUUUUGCACAAAUGUCUUGGUAUGUAUUCCUGACAUCACACAAAGCCCAGUGACGUAUAUGUGAUGGCAAAUAUCUUUGCCUUGACAAGAUUUCUGAACACAUCCUUUUUGAUAAAUUUUGUGGUGCGCCCAUACAGAUGCAAAUGCAGGCGAACACACACGCAGACACGCAAGCACACACACACGCGCACGCACACAUGCUUAAUAAAAUGACAAAAAAUGUGCUCCUUUUGAUAGCAUGCAUGAUACGACCAUCAUGAAUAAUGUCAAAUGAAACUUCACUGUGAAAAUCUUUGUAGUGCAAGUCAGGAUUUAUAUGAUUUUAGUUUUUGACCAUUUUCUCUGGGAACAUUGAUAUAAGGAGAAAUUUGUAAAACUGAGUGGAUUUUGUGAAUUUAAUAUUUCUUUAGCCAAAGAAGGUUCUUGAACCUCCCAUGGUCAAACCUACUUCUGAAAAGAGCAUAGAUGCGAUGCACAGAUUUAUAUUCUAAACACCUUCCAUCACUCAUAAAUAACACAUAGUGUAUCAAUUCCUGUAAUAGUAUAUGAACACUAUAUUCACAAACAGAUCUUGCUUCACUAGACUGGGGACAUAAGGUACCUGACCGUAAAGGUACUUGCAUUUCGUUUUGCACAUAAUUAUUAUCCAAAUAAUUACAGUGCAUGGUGUGCUAUUAUUAAAAAAAGUAAAAUAAAUAAAUAAACUAUUAUGCUUUGUAGGGAAUAUACCUCUACUAAUUAUAGAAUAGUGAGGAUAGAUAAUUAAAAUAUGUACGUUUUAACAAUCCUCACCUUUUGCUUCAGUUUGCACCAAUUGUGUAGGUGUAGCAGUAUAACCGCAAUAAGUAAUCAGUCUCAUGAAAUUACUACUGUCUAAAAUAUCUAACCAUAAAUUUUGAAUUUUAAUUAUUGAUUAAAAUUGCCAAUAUUAAUGAUCAAGUAAUUAAAAUUUAAGAUUUAAUAGAUAACCUAAAGGAAGGAAAGAGUUCUUGGAAAUGUUCAUGUAACAUCAAAACAGACACCAGGUUUAAUAAUAUCAUUAGUUCAACAAACAUACAAAAAUGCAGAACACACACAGACUUAUCUAAUCGGGAAAGUUAAGUUGAAGAAGGUAGGAGAGUUUGUAUUUGAGCUUGCAUGCGUGUGUGCACGUGCACACAUACCCUUUGUCUGAAUAGAAGAGAGAGACGAAUUUGAGAGAGGCGUGGCUGAAUAACUUCAUUUAACAACAAAAGAGUUUCACUCCUGGUAGUGCCAAAGCGGAACUCAUAAGUAAUAUGUGCACCUAGGCUGGUUAUUCGCCCACUGCCGACUAUACUGAGAUUGUUAGCUUGUCAGUCAAAGAGUUCAAGUAAAACGAGUUGGCCAAGAGAAAAUAGCGAUCACGUGUGGAUCUAUCUAUCGAACCGAUUCACGUAAUGACACAGCUGAAAGAACUCAUUCAAAUUAUCAGAGAGAAUAAAGAAAAGACAAAUUUAAACACACCGAAUUAGAUUAAUGUCAGUUAAGGCUAAGCUAAACUCUAGCUACUGCCUGGGAUGUGUAGUCAGUCUUACUGAGGUCCCUCCACGUGCGUUGUUGUCUCCAGUGGACACUGUUGAGUCCUGGGAGAGUAUGAUGGUGGAAUCAAGACUGUGGAGGUUAGUCUGAGGUCCUUUUCCUUAUGUAGGACAAUGUCUUGUCCAGUCGGUCUAAAGAUUUUGGCUUGAACAGUUUGUUUGCUACUUUUUAUAAAGUUUGUUUUCCCGUGGGUUUCACACAAGGUUCCACGCGGGUUGAACUACCUACACUGUAAAGUGAGCUAAAUCGGCAGUACCUAUUUACUGUGGAGAACGACCUUAUCUGUUUUGUUCAGAUAAGUCUCUGUAUCGAUAACAGAAAAUCUAGGCAUUCUGCGAGCCUUGGAAUUUUGCAGAGUUUCACAGAAUUGUGAAAUCCCUGGAGAUAGUUAGGUCCUUGGAAGCUUCACAAUGUGAGAGCUCCAAGGACAAUGUUCGAGCGCCUGUCCUGAGAGGGCAGGAAGAAGACCAAUAGGAGUGGCCGCUUACUUUUAUAGGUUUUAUGACCAGUCACAUGUUUGUGGCGUUACGGGAUUGGUUCACUCUAACCAGAUGCCAUGCAGAUGUCAUGGUAUUGUUGACAUCACUUGUGUUUCCUGUAGAUAUGUUGUUUCUACAGCUUUCAUAAAAAUAGAAAAGAGAACUAAUCAAGCUAUUUAAAAAGAAUUGUGAAAGUUAACCAUCUUUUAAAAAUUUUAGUCAUCAGAAAGGCUGUGAGGUGAAUUCAUUACAUACGAUACCCACAGCUGUAUCAUGAAAAAAAUAAGCCUGCCUGUCGUUGCUUGCUCCGUAGUUCCUCCCAACAGAGGACACAAGGAAAUGGUGCAAGGAAAAAAUGGGCAGAGGAAUGACACAAACAUUGGAAAAGUGGAACAUUCUUGCCCUUUCAAGCGUCAGUUUGAAGCCACAUCAGUUACAGAUGUGGCAGAAGUGGAGUGGUGGAUCCACCGGUCGAUCACGUGUACCAAAAAAUACUUCUGCAAAAGAUGCGCUUGUGUAUCCUUGCUGAAGCAUCCUCCGGUAGCCUCCUUGCUCCUCCAAGGAGCAAUUACCAAAUUGGAAUGUCCUUACCAGUAGUGAUCUUACUUUUAAACUGAUCAUUAGUCUCCCAAAGUCAGGAUACCCAAGAGAUCAGAUUGUCCCUGUUGCCACACUGUUCAAGAGAAGAGCACUCUGGUUAAAACUGUAGAAUGUAUGUGAUUAUAGUUCUCUGAGAGGAAUCACAGAGCUUUUGCAAACCUGUUUUCCAGGGUAUUUGUUAUAUUGGUGCUUUACACGAUGGUCCUCCAAGAUUCAUGUAUCUUCAAGUUUACUUGUUAGAUGCUAGACUUCUUAAGUGAAUACUGUAUGGGAAACCAGGCAGGUUACACUGUUGCUGCUGGAAAUCAUAAUCGGGGAUGUUAAAUUGUAAUAUUUUUUAAAUAUGGAAUAAAACACUUGCGAUAUUUUAAAAUGCAUAAACAAAAAUAUUUUGUAAAUGCUGCUGCCUCUCUGGCAUGUUAAUGUAUGUUUUAUAUAAAUAUAUUUUCUAUUGGUUGUGGGAAGUGUGAUAUUUCUUGCGGAACUACUGUACACUUUAGAUUUUAAUUUUAUGUUAUAAUUUUUGAUUAGUGCAUUCUGUUUAAUGUUUUUCUUUUUUGGAAAUGCUGAUAAAACAUGGUUACAGAAAAUGUAAAUCCCAAUAAGAUUUGCAAGGCAGGGCAGUUUAUACAAGUUUCACUCUUUCUGGGUCCCAUUCAUUUCUUACCUCUCCUCCCCAGAUUCAACAGGGGACGGCGUGUAGCACAGUGGGUAAGGAACUGGACUUGUAACCGAAAGGUCGCAGGUUCGAUUCCCAGGUAGGACACUGCCGUUGUACCCUUGAGCAAGGUACUUAACCAAAAUUGCUUCAGUAUAUUUCCAGCUGUAUAUAUGGAUGCUACGUAAAAGUUGUGUAAGUCGCUCUGGAUAAGAGUGUCUGCUAAAUGCCUGUAAUGUAACAGAGUUUGCUCCAUUUGUAUCCCUGUACGGCUAGGCCAAGUGUAAUUGGAUGCCUUAAAUUUGUAUGUCAAAAUCAACUCCAUGACAUUUUCAGUGCUAUCAAUAUCUGUCUUUUGCCCUUUUCUCCCUCUUUCAUUCAUUUAUUUACUUUCUUUUAUUAAUUAAUCUUUUUUCACUCCAGGGGGGAGGAGGAUGGAAACAUAAGGGUGGGUAGGUGGGUCUGGAUAGGUUGAUGUUAUAUUUAUCAGCUGCAAGUCAGUUUCUUUCUUCCUCUUUUUAUUUAUUUAUUUAUUUAUUUUUUGUUGUUUUUUUUUUUUUUGGUGCUCUGUGCAUUUUGUGAAGCUCCAUGAAAUGUGCUGUAUUUCUGUAAAGAAUACACAUGGAAAUAAAUAAAUAAAUGAAUAAAUGAAUAAAUAAAUAAAUAAAUAAAUAAAUAAAUAAAUAAAUAAAUAAAUAAAUAAAUAAAUGACAAGCCAGUAACAGGGUGACACUGCUGAUUCCACCCUGCUUCACCUUAAUGCAGUUAACCCGUUGUAAUAUCUGUUGUGCUCUGCAGGUAAUGAAAUAACAAGCUAAAGGUGCAAUGAUGUAAAGCAAAUUAAUACACAUUAUUAUUAUUAUAUUAUUAUAUAUAAUGUAAUAAUGAAUAUGCCUUAUGAGGCCUGACAGGUUAUUCAACAGAUGUAGGGAAGUAAGGGAGAUUGGUUUGGUAAAUAUCACAGGCAGAACAUAGUGAGUGUUACAUCAGUGAGUGUUAAAUAUGCAUUUAUUUGUUUUAUUUCUCUUUGAGUGCUUGUGAGAGUGUUUAU